GACUGCUGAGCCCUGCCACUUUAUUCUUUUAGCGUUCAGGACAAGCCGAACAACUCCGGAAGCUGCCGAAGUGUGACGCCGAGUAGCAGCCGUAGCGACGUUCGUCGGAGUUCAGACGAGCGGAGGGAGCAAAAUGGCGGACGAAGAUAUUACGCUUGAUGGAAAACCUCUACAGUCGCUCCGAGUUGCUGAUUUGAAAGCUGCUCUGGAGCAAAGGAACCUACCGAAAAGCGGGCAGAAAAACACUCUCAUAAAGAGACUUAAGGGGGCUCUGAUGCUGGAAAACCUCCAGAGGUCAUCGUCUUCUCACAGUGGGCUGCAGCCUAACUCUCAGAUAGGAGAAGAGAUGUGUCAGAACAGUUUCAUCAAACAGUACCUGGCCCAGCAGCAAGAGCUCCUGCGUCAGAGACUUGCGAGAGAGGCUAAAAAAGAAGAGGAGGCUGAUGAAAGCGCAACUGGACCAGAAGAGGAUGAAGACCACUCGGAAGACAAUGACAGCCCUUCCUUUGUCAGUAAGCAUCCAGGCACCCUGGACCAGCCCCCGGCUCCCGAGGCCGGAGGAGAAAAUUUGGUGAUUGGUCACCGACCUGCCGCUGCGUCCCACCACCGAGAGUCCACCGAAGCUCCAAGAGCCAGGAUGCAGCGGUCCUCCUUCCAGCAGGGACACAAGGAGCCAGCGGCCGCCUCCCCUCCUCGAGCCGUUGCCUCCUUCUCGGUGCGUGUCCUGGGACAACCGGACAGCCAGGGACACCCGGCCACGGCGCCCCCCGGGCAGGAGAAGGCCGCUGCCUCCCUAAGCUCUCCCAGAGCGCCCCAGCAAGCGCUCAAUCUCAGCCGAUCUGCGCGUAGUUCGGCUGACAACCACGUCCAGAACGACAGCGACGAAGACGACAACGACGAUGACAGCGACGACGACGAGGACUGGGGGCCCAGUUCUGGAGGGGCGCGGAAGAGAAAGGCGGCGGUUCCCUCGAAGCAGCAGGUGGCUGCCAGUAUGUCGUCAUCAGCUGCGGCGAGAUCCAAACGCAAGCUCCAGCCUCCUCAGCACAUCCCACCUCCACAGGUCCACGACACUCCCAUGCAGCUGCGCCACCCCACACCUCCUCCAUCUCCGCCUCCGAAUCUGUUCCCCCUGCCCGACACUCCAAAGCAAAGCCCCCCCGACGAUCAGGAACGAGACGGUGUACGCGACCCAGGAAUGGCGUCCUUCCCACCUCCCGCCAUGCAGAGGCAGGACUCCGACUCCAGCUCCGGCUCCAGCAGCCCCGAACCUCCUGCGAAGCGUCGCUCCGGCCCGCUGUCACUGCUCAUGCACAGGAUGGAGUCAGAGGAAGCAACCUCAUCCCCCGGGUUCUCCGGAGAAACGGCACACUCGACUGCCACGUGUUCCAGCGAAUCCCCCCUUCAAUCAGCGGAAACCAAAAGGCAACAGGAAACCAGAGAGAUGGAGGAAGAGAAACAGCUGAAGGAGGAGAAGGAGAGUCUUAAAGCACAGGAGCGAGAAAGAGAGAAGAAACGCUUGGAGGAGGAGAGGGAGAAGGAGAAGGAGAGAAAACAGCUGGAAGAGGAGAGGAAGCAGCGGCUGAAAGAGGAACAGGAAAAGGAGAAAAGACACCAGGAAGAGGAAAACGAAAAGAAACGCAGGGAGGAGAAGAGACGAGAGACGAGGCUGAAAGAGGAGGAAGAACGGAAAAAAGUGAAGAACGACCGGAGAGCAGCAGCUGAAGAAAAAGAUUCAGGUUCCUCCUCUGAUUCCGACUCCAAAUCAGAGUCCUCUUCACACUCAUCAUCAUCCUCCUCCUCGUCUUCCUCCUCCAGGGAUAAAAUUCAGCCUGCCAGUCAGCUGAAGAAAGCAGACCAAGAGCAAGAGCCUGAGCUUCAUAAAAAGACCGAGUUCAGGAAAGACUCAGAGAAACCCAACCUUUCAAAAAGUGAGGUGUCUGAACCGAGCACAGCCGCUGUUACGGAAGCAGAGCCGGACUCUGAGAGCUCCAUGGCCCAGCAGCCAGCUUCUGGGGCUGAGCCAGAGAGCAGCGAGAGCCGCAUGGAGGAGAGCACCACUCCUAAGGCUUUUGCAGCUCGCAAGAUCUCCCUGUCCAGCAGCAAGGCGUCUCCGGCCAGCACGGAUGGAGGAGCGGGAGAGUCCGAAACAGGAAGUGCAGCAGGGAGGAAGAGGCGGUGGGGCUCCAGCACAGCAGUCACGGUUAAGAAGCCAUCGAUCAGCAUCACCACUGACUCCCUGAAGUCUUUGAUUCCAGACAUCAAGGUGAACCAGGAAGCAGUGGUGGACCUUCACCCCGAGGAGCUGCAGAUGUCCGGAGACGAGGAGAACUCCGACGCCGGUCGGAGCGACCCAGACAAAGGUCUCAAGAUCCGACGCACCGUCACGCAGGUUGUUCCCACUGAAAGCCAGGAAAACGGCCAGCCUAACGUAGAAGAAGAAAUGGAGAAAUCGGAGGACGAAAAACAACACAAGACUUCCAGAGACACAAAGAAGAGCAGCCUCUCUGAUGAAACGUCCGAACCACUGAUGUCGGUCAAAGUAGAAGGAGAGCCAAAGAAAGUGUCUCCCAGCGACAGUCUGGUGCGACGCUCCAUCAGCCAGCAGAAGUCUGGCGUUUCCGUCACCAUCGACGACCCCGUGCGCGCCGCCAGGCAGCCGUCGCCGCCUCGAGGGAAGGUUUCCAACAUCAUCCACGUCAUCAACCUGGUCCGACCGUUCACUCUGCUCCAACUCAAAGAGCUGCUGAACCGAACGGGGAGCGUGGUGGAGGAAGGCUUCUGGAUCGACAAGAUCAAGUCUCACUGCUACGUCACGUACACGACGACGGAGGAAGCAGUCGCCACCAGGACAGCUCUUCAUGGAGUCAAAUGGCCGCCUAGCAACCCCAAGGUGCUGGGCGUGGACUUCUGUGAGCAAGAUGAGCUGGAUUAUCACAAAGGCAUCCGGAAGCCGGAGAAAGACCAGGAUCACGCUGCCCCGGCUGCCCCUCCUCAGCCCCGGCUGCCCCCUCUGAUGCCUGUGCGAGACAGAGACAAAGACCAGGACAGGGAGCGAGACCGCGAGCGGGACCGGGAGAGGGACAGGGGCGUGCGGGACCUGCUGGCAGAGCGACAGAGGGAGAUGGAGCGGCGGGAGCGGGCGCGAGGAGAGCGGGAAUGGGACCGGGACAAGGUGCGGGAAUUUGCGAGACCCGGAGAGGACGGCCGGCGAUCGCGAUCCAGAGAGAGGGAGCGCAGGAGGCGGGAGCGAGCCAAGAGUAAAGAAAAGAAGACCGACAAGAAGGAAAAAGGAGAUGAGCCUCCUGCUAAACUGCUGGAUGACUUGUUCCUCAAGACCAAAGCGGCUCCCUGUAUAUACUGGCUCCCCCUCACUGAGGAGCAGGCGAACCAGAGGCUUUCAGACCGCGUGGAACGGCAGAAGGAGCGCGAGCGAAAGCGCAAGGAGCUGGAGGAGGAGGAGGACAAAAAACGUGACGAGGAGAAAAAGGAGAGGCUGAAGGGCCGGGAGAAGGAUGGCGGCGGCAGCAGCAGCGGGGCCGCAGCGAGCAGCGGGGUGGCUGGGAAAGGAGGCGAUGCCGACAGGGAGCGGGGCCGAGACAGAGAGGGGGACAAGAGGAGGGACAGCAACCACCGAUCCAGGCGACCCUCGCCGGGGCCCGCCAGCGCCCGGCGUUCCCGUAGCCGCAGCAACCCCCGGGACAGGCGCCGCUGAGGCGCUGAACGCUGCGGGGAACGACGAAGAGAGAAGAGGGGGAGGCAGAGGACGCAGCAGAGACAGGAAGUCCUGUGGUCCUCAGCCUCUGCCUCGCCAUGCUUUAGAAGGCUCAACAUGACACCGGUGUCUUCCACACACUCCUGUCGUUGCCCCCCCUCCUCUUUAUCGUUCAAUUACAGAAAACCAUUUCUGAUUUAUAGGAAAGUGUCCGUUUGUCUUUGUCCCUAGAAGCGGUUUUCCUUCGACCAGUUCUUUUGUUUCCAUUUUGUCCAUCCUCCAUCAUUGAAGAGAUGUAUAGCACAGGGCGGUUGUUUUCAUGCUUCCCGCUUCGUUUUGUCCCGCUGAGGUUUUGGGGACCGCCUGACUAUUUUAACUCUGUGGUCGCGCAGUUCCUUCCUCCUCAGAGCCCUGUAAUAAAACCAGUCCAGAAUAGAUCCCUGACCGUGACCCGACGUGUUUUCUAGCAGUCGUUUUACUGAUCAGCACUAAAAGUCAAAUAUAACUAUCUAUGUAAAUACCACAAAAUUUACAAACGGCCCUUAGUCAAAGUGAAGGUUAUUUUAUUUUUGAAUGGUAAUUAUUUUCUCAGACGGUUGUGAAGUUGGAACAGGUGAGUCAGAGAAGAACUGGUCUCAACACUGAAACGUAUCUGUAAAGCCGACCCGCCUCACCCCUCAUCCUUAGGAAGGCAAGAAUACAAAAGUUUAUCUUCUGAUAGUAACAUUUGCAGUUUUAAUAUUUUAAAUUUUUUUUAGUUCCAGUUUGGUUUUUGGUUUGUUUUAUUUUUUUUCCUCCAAGUGCUGAAUGUACCAAGAAUUAAAGAAAUUAAUAAAUUGGUUUACCACACCAUCUGAUGUUUGUUUUGUUGCAUCAUUGCAAACGUGUCGGCCAUUUUAAAUGCUGGACUAUUUAUUCUCACUCAGUUAUCUUUGAAGAUUUAAGUUACUUUACACUCAAACAUAACUGAGUCCUCAUCCAUCCUCCUUUUAGUUAUCCAUGUGAGAAGUUCCUAGACCUUCUGAUCAACCCAACAAUUGCUCUCAAGGACUUUUCAGAACAGGCCCACAGCAUCACAGAUCCUCCCCCAUACUUACCAGUUAUCUGAUAUUUUUCCCAUUGUCAUCCAUCUUGGGAUUUUUGAACAAACACAGCUAGAUUUUGUUGAAAGACGUAGUCUUGGUGUCAUCUGAUCAAAGCACUUUACUAAACUCCACUAAUUUGUUUGUGGUGGAAGAUCAGAAAAAGGUUUUUCCCCACCAAGCCUCCAAAGCAACUUUUAAUGGUUGGAUUAAGAGGAUUUUUUCCUCUCUCUUUCUUCAUCCUCCUGGCACGAUAAAUACAGGCUCUCAAAUCUAGCAGCUGAGAAAUGUCAAAUUCCUAGAAACCUAACUUAUUCUUUUUUUUUUUGUUUACACCUCUCUGAAAGGUGCCACAUUUACAUGUGUAGGGUUGCUGCAGAUCAGAGGGAUGUUCCCUGUAAAUCUGUUAACAUUUGCUUUUAUUGAAAUUGUGACCAAUAUCUGUAAGUACACAAUCUGAGCACAAAUGGAAAAAUACUUAAACAUACAGAAAUGACGACAUGGUUUCUCUUCAGCUUGCACAGAUUCAUGUAACAUACAGUAAAGUCAAAAUUUAAGUGCAAAAGUUUGCUAGUCAUAAUGUAUAUACACACACAACAUAAUUCAGUAAAAUCCCUUUUGUUCUUCUACAGCAAACAGUAGCAACACUGGAGUUAAAAAGCAGUAGUUUGUUCCCUUUUU